ACAUGGACAACAACCAUGCAGUGUAGUGUCUAUAGAGGGCUGUAUACUACAUAAGGUGGGUGCAUUGUUUGUAUACUGUAAAAUGUUUGCAACAAUGUAAUGCAUUACAGGGACAAAUCCAGACUUUUUAAUGGGGUGGCCCAUGUAAGACACUUACUUUGCUUUUUAACUGAAAAAUAGUUACACAGCAGAGUGUCAACAGUAAAAUCUUCUCAAUUUCUUUGGAAUUUUGGGGUUGCACCUGGAGUGGCCAACCAGACCUCAAGGGGGCCCAUAGCCACCCCUCUGGAUCCACCCCUAAAGGCAGGGGUGGCCAAGGCCCGUAUCCAGGAACCAAGAUUGGGUAAUUGAUAACGACUACUUACAGGGGUCACAUGCUGUGCGUUUUGCUGCAUGAAGGGGGGCUGUGGAUCAUGAAGAGGCUUCUAUUCAGUUCUCUUCUCCUGGAGGUGGAAGGCUAUUCAGAGAGUCCCAAAGACACCGAAGACGACACGCUUGAGUUGGACUGACAGUUGCGCAGAGGGUGAGCAGGGGGUUGCUUUCCAUACCAGCAGAGGACAGACAACGUCACUGGACAUAUCACAGAUUAUUUCACCGGGGUACUGAGGUUUGGGAUCAAACACCGCCAUGGAUGUACUCGCCCUAGAGGCAAAGAGUGUAAAUGGAGCAGAGUCUGAGAAGAAGUCUGCACCAAGGCCAAAGCCAAAAGCUCCUAAAAAGGCCAAAAGGAUUGUUUACUUUGAGGUGGAGAUUGUGGACUUAAAGACUAAGGAGAAACUGCUGCUAUUGGACAAGGUGGAGCCAACUGCCACUGUUUUGGAUAUUAAAGCUUUGUUUCAAAAAUCAUAUCCAAAGUGGUAUCCAGCCAGACAAUCCCUGCGUUUGGAUCCAAAGGCCAAGUGUCUCAGGGAUGAGGAUGUACUGCAGACGCUUCCUGUUGGAACCACAGCCCAUUUUUACUUCAGUGACCUCGGACCCCAGCUCACGUGGGGCACAGUGUUCCUGUCAGAGUGUGUUGGCCCACUGAUCAUCUACUUAAUGUUCUACUUCCGCCUUCCUUUCAUUUACUCUCCAAAGUAUGACUUCACCAGCAGCAAGCACUGGGUUGUUCACUUGGCCUGCAUGUGUCACUCCUUCCACUACAUCAAAAGGAUUCUGGAGACACUGUUUAUUCAUCGUAUCUCCCACGGGACCAUGCCUCUCAGAAACAUAUUUAAGAACUGUGGCUAUUACUGGUGCUCUGCAGCAUGGAUGGCAUACUACAUCAACCACCCACUCUACACCACACCCUAUUACGGACAGCAGCAGGUGAACUCAGGGCUUUAUGUUUUCUUGUUCUGUCAACUGGGGAAUUUGUCCAUCCAUAUUGCUCUCCGUAACCUCAAACUACUAAGUUCAAAAUCCAAGAAGAUUCCCUAUCCGACGAAAAAUCCCUUCACUUGGAUUUUUUGGCUGGUUUCUUGUCCAAACUACACAUAUGAGCUGGGGUCCUGGAUCGGCUUCACAGUGAUGACCCAGUGUGUGCCUGUGGCUUUCUUCACUCUGGUGGCCUUCAUCCAGAUGACUGUGUGGGCCAAAGGCAAACACCGCAGCUACUUGAAGGAGUUCAGGGAUUAUCCAACUCUCCGCUCCUCCAUCCUCCCCUUCAUCCUGUAGAGCCUAGCACAGAAAAUAAUGGUUGAUACACACGUCCAUCCUCAUUGCUGACCUGGUCCCUUUUUUCAAGGGGCUCUCCAUCCACUGGAGGUCAGAAAGUGUGUGCUGAGGUUUACUGCACAGAUGGAUUUUAGUCGUUUGGACUCUGUGUAACAUUUUCUCAAGUCACUCCGUAACGAGGAGUGGUGGUUACUCUGAGAGUCUGGUGAAUGCAGGACUGCUACAGGGAAAAAGCUUUCAGAGUUUAAUGCAACAAAGUCUUAAUUUUAUGUUGUGUGAUUUCAAGAAGCAAGAGGAUGAAAAGUUAUUUUGGUACUUUGGUAACUAGUUUGAGUAAGAGUGUUUAGUUUUUAAAGUGUCCCAUUAUUCUCAAAGCUUUGGCACACUACUGACAUGGUUCCCAUAGAGAUCAGAAACCUGGAGGUCCGUCUUUACUGUCCAACUAGUGUGCAGCCUGGAGCUGACAUCUUUGCAGCCUCCUGUAAUACUCCAUUAUUCUGACUGAUUCAAGUGACCUUACUUUCAAGUGAUGUCUGGGUUAGAAAUUGUAUGCAGAUUCCAAGCUUUAACACCUUUCCUUUCUGUCCAUGCAUGGAUCAAGUGUAUUUGUGGUACAGGUGUAGGAGAAAUAAAGUAGAGAGGAACACAGCUGAUAGAUUCAUAGGACAAAUAUAAUCACAACAUAUUUGUAUAGUUCAAGAAGUUAUCUAAAAGACCAAGUUUCAGUCAUCACAUCAUUGUGAGUGUAUUGUGUAUCUGGUGUUAAGUUUUGGGGGCAUUGCCAGUGUUAUGCAGUUGCUUCCCACUCUAUUUUUUUUGUAAUAAUCUGAAAAACUGUGCAGACACAAACAGAAACUGAUGGUGCUUCUAAAAUUGUUUAAGAAAUUAUUCUCUAAACCGUGCAUAGACUGAUCAUUUAGUUUUAAUGAGGGACUUUGAUUUUGUUUUUUUAAACACUUUAUAUUUAAACUGAAUAAUCUGUUGUGUUUUUGUUUGGAGUGUGGAGAAGGAUUUUAAAAAAAAAUAAACCAGACAUUUUUACAAUAUUUGAUCAUGCCGUCACUCAGAGAUGAUCCUGACCCUGUGAAACUGAUUGUUGUAUGCACAUAACUGAUAUGACUGUGAGUUGAAUAAAUGAUCACAAAGAGAA